AUGGAUGCCCCGAACAGCUCGCCACACCAGGAAAAAGAACGAGAUGAGCAGUCCAGGGAAUUGCCCAUUCUUGAUGAGAAAGACAAAUCACAGGAAAGUUCUGACCAAGUCCCAUUGCCCUCACCCUCGAAGCAGGAAGCAGCCACAAGACACACCCUGGCGACCGAGCCCUUUCAACCUAUUCUGAAGGUGCUAGCAGACCUCGAGCGUGACGAUCCCAAGUUCGCCUUUCCAGCAGCUCGACUUGUUGGACUCUAUCGACGCCUAUGGGAGUCAUGCGUGUCCAAGCACAUCGAUGGCCAGAAGCUAGAACAGAGCAAUCGCAUCUUGAAGGAGGCUGGCACACACCUGAGAAAAGAGAGUGACGGUCUUCAGCUUCACCACGACAAGCAGCUAUCUCGGCUGCGCUUUUUCGAGCAGGCACUGGAAUCAUGCCGGGAGAUCGUAUCUAGUAACUGUCCGUAUACCAGACAGAGAUUCCACGUGGCCGUCUCAACCUGGGGUAGGAAGAACAAAUGCUCUCCUGUACUCUAG